AUGUAUUCAGCCAACCGGUCUCAUCGAGCCGAAACAAGAAAUCGAACGAAGGAUGAAUUGCGGAAAGUUAUUAGCUCUAUAGAAAAAGUUAGAAAAUGGGAGAAGAAAUGGGUUCUUAUAAAGGACACUUCCAUCAAGAUACAGAAAUGGGUUCCUGUGACGGCACAAAUGAAUAUACCACCGCCAAAAAUUUCGAAACCUACAGUGGAUGAAGAUGCGAGUAACACCAUACAAUCAACGGAAGAGAAUUCUCAAGAUUCGAAUACUGGCACCAACGCACCACGAUUGGCUCGUUUUGGCGGGAACAUCAACGACGAUUCAAACACCGGUUUUUCCGAGGCCGGUUUUGAUUCGGAUUCGAAUCAAACAUUCGAACCACAGAACUAUCAACCAAGUACCGAACACGCAUCUACAGACUUCAGCGCUAUGCGUGAUGCUGAAAUGGGCAAUUAA